AUGGUUCUUGAUGAUUUAAGAGAAGGAUUUCCAUGCUCUUUUAUGAUUAGUAAUCGAGUUGAUGAAGCGGUCUUGAGAAUAUUUUUUGCUGAGAUAAGGGACAAAACCGGUAUUAUUCAGUCCAAUGUCUUCAUGUCAGAUAUGGCUGAAAGUUUUUAUAACGCUUUGGUUGUUGAAAUGAAACCAGCGAAACAUAGGCUCUAUUGUACAUGGCAUGUAGAUCGUGCCUGGAGAAAAAAUUUAAAUGAAAUUAAAAACAAAACAAAACAGGUUUAA